CACUGUGCAAUAAACCUGCUCUGGCACCCUCACCCUCAUCUGCCGUGGUAACUCCGGUGGGCACCGCAGGCACCAUGAGUGCCACCGUCACCGCUGCUGCUCCUGCUCAGGGACACCCCCGUGACGGGCAGCAGUGCCGGGGUGCAGGCAGCAGUGCCGGGGUGCAGGCAGCCAUACUGGGGUGCAGGCAGCAGUGCCAGGGUGCAGGCAGCAGUGCCGGGGUGCAGGUGGCAGUGCCAGGGUGCAGGCAGCAGUGCCAGGGUGCAGGCAGCCAUACCGGGGUGCAGGUGGCAGUGCCGGGGUGCAGGUGGCAGUGCCGGGGUGCAGGCAGCGGUGCCGGGGUGAAGGAGUUCAUAUCGCAGUCGAGGAUCUUUUGCUUUCAGCUGCAGUCACGGGAAGUUGGUCAGAUGCGGAAGUGAGGGCUGAGAAUCGGCAUCCUGGAUGCCCGUGGUGCCGCGGUGGGGGAAGCCGCGGAGGGGAUCUGGCCUCGGCCCCUUCUGCCCCUGCCCAGGAUGUGCCACCAGCGCCCCCCCACACCCCACGGCAUGGCCGGGCCAGGCCCUUAGCGGGGGUCUCACCAUGGCCGGCUGGGACCCUCGUGCCGGGGUGUGCCAGGGUGCCGGAGUGCCAGUGGAGGGGCUGUACUGGGGGAUUCGGGGACUGGGGAGCCCGCAGAGGCAGAGGGGCCCGGGCCGGAGUGUGGGGGUGCAGGGGAGACACCCCUCCUUGCCUGCGGCCUGGGGGCCACUUGCUGCCAGCGGCAAGGGGAAGUGGCAGCAGAAAGGGGAAGCUCAGGGCCAACCACCACAGAGGGAAACCACCUGCCGUGCUGGGCUGUGCCGUGCUGUGCCAGCAGAACCGGUGUUCCUCAGGUGGGGGCACGCCCCAGCACCCAGGUCGUGCCGGCAACGCCGGAGCUCCUGAGCAGGAGCAGGGGGACGCCGCGCUCCCCCUCCGCCCCCUGCCCGGCACCCCGGCUCCCCGGCACCCCCCCGCCAUGCUGCUGCGGGAGUCCCCCUUCCCCAGCCGGGCGCUGGCGGCCCUGGACGGGCUGGCCUCGGGGCUGCUCACCCCCAGCUUCUGGGCCGUCAACCACCUCCUCGACCUGCGCCAGACCACGGCGGAGCAGGGGCAGCAGCGGCGCAGACGGUGCGGGAGGUGCCGCGGUUACGCCAAGCAGGCGCUGGCCGGGCUGGCGUACGCCGUGGUGCUGCUGCUGUCGCUGCCCCUGGCCGUGCCGGGGCUGCUGCUGUGGCUGCCGGUGCAGGCUAUGCGGAGGCCCUUUGCCUACCAGUACACGGCGGGCACGGCACCGGCAGAGCCGUGGGACCUGCGGCAGCGCCGGACCUUCACCUUCCUCAGCGCCAACGUCUGCCUGCUGCCCAGCGGCCUGGCCAAGUUCAGCAACCUGGGCCAGACGCCGCAACGCGCCGCCUACAUCGCCCGCCACCUCGCCCCGGCGCCGCCAGACCCCCCUGGCGCCGAUGCCAGCCUGGUUGAGCUGUGGCACGACGACGCCAACUACGGCGGGACCCUCCGCGCCCCGGAGCGGCCCCCCGGCAGCGCGCCGGCGGAGGUGCCGGGAGAGACGGCCGAUCCCGUGCCGGCGGUGCUGUCCGAGCAUUUCCCGGCGGACGCCGACUUCGUCUGCCUGCAGGAGGUCUUCGACGCGGGCGCCGCGGCCUGCCUGCGCCGGUGGCUGGGCGGCACCUACCCGCACGUGCUCUCCGAGGUGGGUGCCCGCGGGCUGCGGGGCGGCCGGCUGAAGGUGCUCGGCAGCGGGCUCCUCCUGGCCAGCCGCUACCCGGUGCUGGCGGCGCAGUACCACGCCUUCCCCAACGGCGCCCGCGAGGACGCCCUGGCCGCCAAGGGGCUGCUCAUGGCCCAGGUGCUGCUGGGCUCGGCGCGGGGGCAGAGGGUCGUGGGCUACAUCGGCUGCACCCACCUGCAGGCGCCCGCAGCCGACGCCGCCAUCCGGGACGCGCAGCUGACGCUGGGGCUGCGCUGGCUGCAGCUUUUCCGCGAGGCGCAGGAGCAGCGCGGGGACGUGGUGGCCUUCGACGUCUUCUGCGGGGACCUCAACUUCGACAACUGCUCCACAGGUGACCAGCUCAACCAGAGGCACCAGCUCUUCGAGGUGUACAGCGACCCGUGCCGCCGGGGGCCCGGCCAGGACGCGCCAUGGGCCAUAGGCACCCUGCUCAACUACCUGAAGAUCUACGAGGAGCCCGUGUCCACCCCGGAGAAGCUGAAGAGGACCCUCUCGCAGCAGGCGGGGCGGCAGCAGUACCUGGCGGGCCCGAUCCUCUCCAGCGGGCAGCCCGACCCGGCGGCCCCCGGUCCCUGGCAGGGCCGGCGCGUGGAUUACAUCCUGUACCGCCAGCACCACGGGGACCUGCCGCUGCGGACGGAGGUGGCGGGGGUCUCCUUCGUCACCCAGCUGGCCGCCCGCUCCGACCACCUGCCCCUGGCCCUGCGGCUCGACGUGGCCCCCGCGUCCCCCUGAGCCGAGCCGCCGGCACCAGGGCAGCGCCCCGGCACUGGAACCGCACCGGCACACCUCGGGGCGUCGGGACCCGCCGGUGCGCGAGGAGGGUGCUGGCAGCCCGCGGUCCGGCAGCGUUCCGGCAGAGCUGCCGCCAGCCGCGGUUUUUACCAACCGGAGCGAAAUAAAGGCGUCGAGCGCAGCGGGUGGUGCUGUGCCGGCCCCACGGCGCGUGGGGGGCUGCCCCCCAUUGCCAGGGCAGGGACACCCAGCA